CUAUAAAAUUAACUUUGAGAGUGUUUACAUUAAUCAGCUGCGUGCUAUUUUUACCGGUUAAAAAGUAUAUAUGUAAAUAUAAAUUAUAAUUUGUUUUAAACAUUACUUUAAGUAAAUUAACAUUUAAAAUACUGAAUCAAUUUAAAAGAAAGAGUAAAAAUGCCACCAUCGAAUAAAUUUAUGGAAUGCUUACAAUUUGCUGCAUUUAAACAUCGUGAUCAAAGGCGAAAAAAUGCAAAUCAAACGCCAUAUAUCAAUCAUCCUAUAAAUGUUGCCACAAUUUUAUCAGUGGAGGGUAAAAUAGAUGACGAAUCAAUACUUAUGGCAGCCUUGUUGCAUGAUACCGUUGAAGACACUGAUACUACUUUUGGAGAAAUUGAGGAGCUCUUUGGCACAGAAAUAUGUAAUAUUGUACGUGAGGUAACCGAUGAUAAGACUUUAGAAAAACAAGUCCGCAAGCAAUUACAGAUAGAACAUGCGGCAAAUGCGAGUACCAAAGCUAAGCUUGUAAAGUUAGCUGAUAAAUUGGACAACUUAAGGGACUUAGAGCAAAUAUUGCCAAAUGGCUGGACAGAGCAACGUCGUGAAGAAUAUUUUAUAUGGGCCAAAAAGGUGGUCGACAAUCUACGCGGUACGAACAAGGAAAUUGAAAAUGAAUUGGAUGAGAUUUUUAAAAAACGUCAAUUGUUGUAAAAUGAAUAAAUGAACCAGUUAUUAAAAUGUACCAUAGAC